CUCUACAUGAAAAGACUGCCUGUCCCCUAUUUCCUUUAAUGCUAGCUAGGGUUUACGUUUAAGCGACGCUCUAGUCUCCGGAUUUCUUUGCCUUCAUAAUUUCUCUGCUUUAGUGAUUCAGAUUUCACAAAUUCAUUCUUUCAUAUUCAAGCUUAAAUCUGUGCUCAAUGCCUAAAAAAUCUAAGUCUGCCAAGGUACUUGAAAAAACGCAAGAAAUUGCCCCUGUGGAAGAUGAAAAACCUUCUCCGAAGUCAAAAAAAGUGAGUAACGAGAUUGAUGAAAAGCCUUCUUCGAAGUCUAAAAAAUUUAGUAACGAGGUUGAUGAAAAGUCUUCUUCGAAGUCUAAAAAAGUGAGUAAUGAGAUUGAUAAAAUUUUUGCUGAUAAAAAGAGGAAGAAACCUGAAGGUAAAAAAUCCCAGAAGUCAGACAAAGAAGAAUCUAGUGAAAUAAAAUUGGUGAAAAGGAAGAAAGAAAACAAGAGUAAAGGAGCCGCCAGGGGUGGUUUUGCAGAUGCUCCUUCUCGGCCUAGGAGGAAAACUGAAGAUGGAUUUACUAUCUACAUGGAAGAGGAGUUAGGUAUCAACAAUUCUGAUGCUGGAAACACCCCACUUUGUCCAUUUGAUUGUUCUUGUUGCUUUUAGAGGUACUUGAUGAUGGGUAUGUUCUCUUUCACAGAUGAUUAAGGUUUCAUUUGUCAAACGUAGACUAUGAAUUCAACAUGAUUCAUCAGUGUUAAUUUCCCCCAUUUUGAUACUUAAGUUUUCAGACAGAUAUGUAUUAUUGAAGCUGUGGAAUGAGUAGACCCAGAAAUCAAGUAUAGUACUAAAUUUUUUUCUUCUCAUGAAAAGAAGUUUAUUACUGAGUUAGAACUUUACCUGCAGGAGGUUGUGAUUAGAUGGAUCUUUAUUUUGGCCAACUGUUUUGUUAUGUAUAUCAAUUACACGUAUCUUUAUGUGGGUUAAUUGGUUUUUAUUUAUUGCUUUACAAUAAGUGUGCUCUGGAGUUGCAGAAUGCAUCAAUUUGCGUUGUCUUGUAUAUGCGAUUCUAUUAAGUUGAGCAUUGGGAUAGUAGAAUUGCAGUUUUUUGUGA